UCAACCAGACAGGAUGUGUUCGAACUAUUUGGAAAAUCUACUCACCCAGGGUGAAAAGAAAUCACUGAAAGACGACCUGGGUGAAGUCACGCUGCCCGACUGGUACGACGAGCAAAAAUUCAAACGUGCCCAGCAAUACUUCAAACGAAACUUCGCCGCCAUUUACUAUGCAACCAUUUGUGGAUUGUUGACCGUACUGGCGAUUCCGUCGAUCCUGAGUGCCCUUGUCUUCACCACCGGAAAGCCAUCGUUCCGCGUUGCCGCCAGACGUUAUUUAGCCGCUCUGAAGCAUACCAUCAACUGGUACAGCGAUGAUCUAAAGGCACCAGGAAAUGGCUCCUUUCAGUCGCUGAUCCACGUGCGACGAGUUCAUUCCACUAUUCUGCGACGUGCGGAAGCUAGGAACUAUGGGAUUAUUAUCUCCCAGAGGGAUAUGGCAGUUACACAGUUCGCUUUCCUAGGGUAUGUGAUACUGGCUCCAACGAUGGUGGGUGCUCAAAACAUUACAGAAGAUCUAGAUGCUCUAUGUCAUUUUUGGAGAGUAUUCGGAUAUCUGCUUGGAAUGGAAGACCAAUUUAACCUUUGCGCCGAAUCAUCAGAGGAAACCCAUGUGCGGAUGGAUCAACUUCUACAGAAGUUCAUCAAACCUGCAUUCGCGAAACGAACGGAAAAGUUCGAGGAAGCGUGCCGUCUCCUACUCGGAGGCUUGUGGUGUUUCAAUUUGCUCCUAGACUACGAUGCUCUGAUGUACUGUGCAGGGCGGGUGGCCGAUUCACCAGGGUUUGACCAAUACUGGACGGACGGGAGUGAAGAUGGAUAUAUUCCGAAGCAGUUACAACAACUGGGUUGGAAAAGCCGCAUUGUGCUAUUUGUUAUUCUCAGCAUUCAUGAAGUUCUGAUGAAGUUCAACAUGUUUCGACAGUGCUUCAAUGGAUUACUGAUAGCAUCUGGGAGGACGAUAAUGCGAAUAAACGUUGCACUUAAGUUGUAACCAUUCAGAUUGCUUCGAAGUGUUUGUAAUUGUAAUUUCAUCUGUUAUCUUUUGUUGCUGGGGUAA